UUGGCAACGACCUCGUACCCGGAAGUACACGGCUCAACCUUAAAGCGGUAGAAAAGAAGCAAGUGUCUACCGGACUGAGUAAAUAGCUGAAUGGAUGGAAAUUUUGGUUAUGUGUCUGUAGUAUGCAGCAGUUUUAAUGCAGCGGAUCAAAGUGUCUGUGAGUUUGCAAGUGAAGCAGGUGAUAGGAACUCUAUGCAGACUGCUAGCGGCCACCGGCCUGGACUCUAUUCCCGCACCGGAAACCUUCAGACGUGCAAAAUUCGGCGGUGGAGUCGAGGUGGAAGGGCAGUUUUGGCAACUCCUUGCCAACAUCCUUAAGAGAAUUGGUAUUGUUUCAUCUGAAGCCAGCACACAGUUAAGAGGAGACUCAGAACACAGGAAGCUGGUGGCUGAAUUCCUCUGGCAGACUGGUUGCCAUGCUGAAUGGACGUAUGGGAGGGAGGUAGGAGAAGGACAGGAGGGAAGGAGUUUCUCCAGCCGAGAUCUUCUCCUGGCACUAGGCUGGCUGCUCGCUACAGGAACACUAGAGAAAUUACUGACACAGCAAGUAAAACAACUAGACAAAUUACUUCUCACAUCUAUACCUGUGAAUACUCAGUUCUCUCAUGAGCUCCAGGUAGGCUCGGCCUCCCUGCGGAGACUUCAGUGGCUCAUUGGCUAUCUGAGGCACCAAGGAAGGAUCCUGCUGUCCAUGGUAGAAGAGCGGACUUGGUUGCUUCAUGCUGUUUUUUCUUCCAGCCUCCCCUCCAUUGUAUCUUCCUCCUCUGAUCAAAGCUCUACAGUGCUAAAGAAUGACUGUGUUCGUACGUGGCAGCUCUGUGACCUCCUAGAAGCAUAUCUGAACUGGAAACAGGUGGAGAAAGUCUUCUGGACCUGGAUGGAAAGUGUGGUUGACUGCAAUCUGACUGAUCCUGUUAUUAAGAAGCCUACACAUACACCCACUGUGUGUCAUUACGGAAACCAGGGGUUAGAGAAAUCUGAGGACAUGCUGUUGAGACUGCCCACAGCACAGAAAAGACAGAGGAGAGGCAGAGGGGAUACUGAGGACAGAAGAGGAGAGAGGAUGCAGGGUGGAUUGGGCACAUCUUCCCCCAAUCCUCUUGUCUUUUCUCUCCCCUCCCUGCCCUCCUUCUCCCAGGCCUACAGAGUCAGGCUCCAGGUUGAGAGGCCGGUCAGACACAGUAACUACCCAGCAGAGAGGCUCUAUGGCAGGCCCAAGGCUCCAGAUGAGCUCCCAGUGUCUCAGGCUGCACAGCUGCUUCUUCAGACAGAGGCUCUGCUGCUGGAGAGGAGGGACAGGCAGAGACUGGUCAACACGAUGCAGCUGCAGGAAAUGAUUGGUGGACUGGAUGACCUGGUGUUGAUACCGACAUAGACAUCGUUUUUAAUUGGAUGAUUACAUUUUGCAAUAGUAACUGAGAUGCUUUUGUCAAAUUGAUAAGGACCUGUUGAAGAAAUGUCUAUUUUUAUUUAUAUGAUUCUAUCAGCAUUAAUUAUUCGGCUGAAAUUUUUGUGAUGAUGUGUUCAGAUAUAUCAAGAUGCUGAUUUAUUAAUUCAGAAAUACACCCAAUUUGAACUUUUGUUUUUUAGUGUACUAGAUAUUCAUUUUACAGUUGAAACUGGAUAUUUUCUUGCAUUUUUUACUUUCACAAGGAAAUAUACUUUCAAUAACUGAGGUUUGUUCUAGCUGAAAAUGGUAAUAACCUUUAUACCUUUUAUCUUUUAACAAAGUUAAAAAGAGAGAACAUUAACAUAAAGCUAGUAAAGAAUUAAUAAUAAAUGCAAGCUGUCUUUAGACAGCUAUGUAUGUUGGAUAUUCAUUGAAUUCACAAAAUUACUUGCAAUGAAUGUAACAAUAAAAUUAAAUUCCUACAUCACAAAUAUUAUGGCUGAUCAAGCCCAUGUUAGAAUUAUGUGGAAUUAUUAUCCCUGUGUCCUCAGCAUGUGUAUGAGUGUUUAUGGAGUGUUUUACUUCAGUCAGAAAAAAGUAUUUUAGAAUAUAUUUAAAAUAUAUUAAAGAAAUUUUGGGAAA